AAUAAAUCAUUAUCUUUCCUUUUCUUUUUCUUUGGUUUUUUUUAAAAAUGUUCAAUUCUUUGCGUGCUGCUACUUCUAUCGCACAACGUGCCUCUUUGGUUGCCCGUAAGCCUCUCCAACAACAACAAAAGCGUUUCCUUAACAUCCAUGAAUACCUCUCUGUCAAGCUUUUAAGAGAUUAUGGUAUCAACGCCCCCAAGGGUGAGGUUGCCAACACUCCUCAAGAAGCUUACGAGAUCGCAAAGAGCCUUGGUUCCGAUGACCUUGUCAUCAAGGCCCAAGUUCUCGCUGGUGGUCGUGGUAAGGGUACUUUUGAUAACGGAUACAAGGGCGGUGUUAAGACUUUCAACACACCCGAACAAGCUAGAGAACUCGCUGAAAAGAUGCUUGGUCACAACUUAGUUACCAAGCAAACUGGUGCCGAGGGUAAGCCUUGUAACGCAGUUUACAUUUGUGAACGUAAAUAUGCUCGUAACGAAUACUACUUCGCUAUCUUAUUGGACCGUAAGUCUGCUGGUCCCGUUAUUGUUGCCUCUAGCCAGGGUGGUGUUGACAUUGAAACCGUUGCCGCACAAACUCCUGAGGCUAUUAUUACUUUGCCUAUUGACGUCAAGGUUGGUUUCACCAAAGAAAUUGCUUUGAACCUUGCCAAGGAAAUGGGAUUCACUCCCAAGGGUCAAGAACAAGCUGCCGAUACUUUCCUCGGUCUCUUCAAGCUCUUCAAUGAAAGAGAUGCCACUCAAGUUGAAAUCAAUCCUUUGUCUGAAUCCAGUGAUAACCAAGUCCUCUGUAUGGAUGCCAAGUUGAACUUCGAUGACAACGCCAGUUACAAGCAAAAGGAAGUUUUCGAUUUCCGUGAUUUCACUCAAGAAGAUCCUCGUGAAAUUGCUGCUGCCAAGUACAACUUGAAUUAUAUUGGUUUAGAUGGUAACAUUGGUUGUUUAGUAAAUGGUGCUGGUCUUGCUAUGGCCACUAUGGAUAUUAUUCAACUCCACGGUGGUAAGCCCGCCAAUUUCUUGGAUGUUGGUGGUGCUGCUACUCCCGAAGCUGUUAAAGCUGCUUUCGAGAUUAUCACAUCCGACCCUAAUGUUUCAUCAGCCUUUGUAAAUAUUUUCGGUGGUAUUAUGCGUUGUGAUGUUAUCGCAGAAGGUAUUAUUGCUGCUGCUAAGGAUUUGGACCUCAAGAUUCCUUUGAUCGUCCGUCUUCGUGGUACCAAGGUUGAAGAGGCCAAGAAGUUGAUUGCUGAAUCUGAUCUCCGUAUCUUUGCUAUCGAGGAUUUGGAUACUGCUGCUCAAAAGGCUGUCAAAUUCUCCAAGAUUGUCACAUUAGCUAGAGAAGCCAAUGUUGAUAUCAAAUUUGUCUAAAUUAUUCCAUCCCUCUUGUUAAAAUAACUUUUUCAUUAUACUCACUCACACUUUACACUCAAACAUCCUUGUAUGAUAUAUAUAAAAAGGAAAUAGAAUUUCUUAAUAUCUGAAGCACUUCAACAUUAUUGUAUUUGUGAUAAAAAAAGCAUCAUCAGGGAUGGCGAAUGUUGCCAGUGUCAUUUUAU